AUGAUGGCGGCUUCGGCUUCAUCCUCCUCCUCUUCCUCAGCUGUCGAAGUGGAUCAGAGCUCUGCUAAUGUGAGACCUCCAGCCUCGGCAUGUGAUGGCUGGUACGGCGUUGCACACGGCUGCACACGCAAACUGGGCAUGAAGAUCUGUGGGUUUCUGCAGAAGAACAACAGCUUGGAGGAGAAAGGCAGAAUGAUGGGGUCCUUCAGAGAGAAAGAGCAGAGUCACAACAGGGAGAACCGGGAGAAGGAAACACGCUUCACCCGCCACGAGACGGACUUCUCCAACCUGUUCGCUCGCGAUUUACUUCCUGCUAAAAAUGGCGAAGAACCGACUAUGCAGUUUCUCCUCGAGGUCGUGGAGAUCCUCACCAACUACGUUCGCAAGACUUUCGACAGAUCCACCAAAGUCCUGGACUUCCACCAUCCACACCAGCUCCUGGAGGGCCUCGAGGGCUUCAACCUGGAGCUUUGCGACCAGCCCGAGUCACUCGAGCAGAUCCUCGUGGACUGCAGGGACACGCUCAAGUACGGAGUCCGCACGGGUCACCCAAGGUUUUUCAAUCAGCUCUCCACGGGUCUGGACAUCAUCGGCCUGGCUGGAGAAUGGUUAACCUCGACUGCUAACACCAACAUGUUCACCUACGAGAUUGCGCCUGUGUUUGUGCUGAUGGAGCAACUGACGCUGAAGAAGAUGAGAGAGAUUAUCGGCUGGCCUAACGGAGAAGGAGACGGGCUUUUCUCACCGGGUGGUGCCAUAUCAAACAUGUACAGCGUGAUGAUCGCCCGCUAUAAGUAUUUCCCCGAGGUCAAAACCAAGGGCAUGUCGGCUGCACCGCGCCUCGUUCUCUUUACAUCAGAACACAGUCACUAUUCGAUUGCCAAAGCUGGAGCAGCUCUGGGUUUCGGGAAAGAAAACGUCAUCCUGCUCAGCACCGACGAAAGGGGUCGAGUCAUACCUGCAGACCUGGAGGCUAAAAUCAUCAGCGUCAAACAGAAGGGUUAUGUUCCACUCUUUGUAAACGCAACAGCCGGUACUACAGUAUACGGAGCGUUUGACCCCAUCAACGACAUCGCAGACAUCUGCGAGAAAUACAACGUGUGGCUCCAUGUCGACGGUGCGUGGGGUGGCAGUCUGCUGAUGUCCAGGAAGCAUCGUCACAAGCUGAACGGCAUCGAGAGAGCGAACUCAGUCACGUGGAACCCGCACAAGAUGAUGGGAGUGCCACUGCAGUGCUCGGCUAUCCUGGUCAGAGAGAAGGGAAUUCUGCAGGGCUGUAACUCCAUGUGUGCCGGUUACCUGUUCCAGCCUGAUAAACAGUACGAUGUGACGUAUGAUACGGGAGAUAAAGCCAUCCAGUGUGGCAGACAUGUGGACAUCUUCAAAUUCUGGCUCAUGUGGAAGGCCAAGGGUACAGUUGGGUUUGAGCAGCAUGUGGAUCGGUGUCUGGAGAUCUCGGAGUAUCUCUACAACAAAAUCAAGAAUCGUGAGGGCUACCAGAUGGUCUUCCAAGGGGAGCCCCAGCACACCAACGUGUGUUUCUGGUACAUUCCACCAAGUAUGAGGAACAUGCCGGACGGAGAGGAGAGAAGGGAACGAUUGCACAAGGUGGCGCCAAAGAUCAAAGCGAUGAUGAUGGAGUGCGGCACCACCAUGGUGGGCUACCAGCCGCAGGGAGACAAGGUCAACUUCUUCCGCAUGGUCAUCUCCAAUCACGCUGCUACCAAGUCAGAUAUCGACUUCCUCAUCGAGGAGAUCGAGAGAUUCGGACAAGACCUGUGA